GAUUUCCUGGUCAUUCCUGGUGCAAGUGUUGACAUUGAAUGCUUGUUUUCUGCUCACUGUCAUGUGCGUGCUGAUACGCACAGGUCCUUAAAGGCCUCAACAAUCACAGAGGCUGCUCACUUUUUUUUUUUUGAUUAUAAUUUAUAUACCACUGAAGGUGGUCAUAGGUGUGGGUACAGGCAGGUGUCUACGGUGGACUGGGUGCACCCAGGAUCGAAUACAUAG